AUGGCUCUCAUAUUGCUGGAGAUUUCGGCCCAAGUGAAAAAAGACCUUCAAUUGCUUGGGCAGCCGAUGGUAAGCUCUCACAUUACUGGCCUAAGGCUGCAAGCGGAGAGGAUUGUGGCAAUAAAGAGGCUACAGGAAGUUUGCAGGAGUAGGGGCCGUGCAGGGCAACUUAGGGAGAAACGAAUUGUCUAG